AACUUUGAAAGUAAGAAAGCGACAAGGCUACGGGUUAAAGCAACUCAGCGACCUAAACCAACUUCGUGGCAGACUGAUUAUCUGGGACCUAAACCAGGAAUCUCUUGAAGCCAAUCUGUACGAUAAAGAAGGGCUCAGAACAUUGGUACUGCUGUGGGGUUAUGAUAAGAGAGGAGAUUUAAAAGAACAGGAGGUUCAGACAGAGGUACUAGAGGGUCUCUGCCCACCGAAGUAUCUCGAACCAUUGAUUAUACAGUGCUACAAUGGUUUGAGAUACCCAAGUUGGAUGAUGGGUGCUAAGCACAAUGGUGGCCCAAAGUAUCUGAACGAACUCACCCUCGAGUCUUGCAGCACAAAACUUGGUCCUGAAUUUUGUGGGUUUUUCUCUCACCUCCGUAAACUCAAAAUAAGCGAUUGCAGCUGGGGCACCUUGCCAGAUAACAUGGAGCACCUGACAUCACUGAAGGACCUGACCGUGGAUUUCUGCCGGAAUAUUCGAUCGCUUCCGCGGUCUCUUGAGCACUUGAGACUGCAUGGAUGCAAUGAGAUGUUGAUGAGAUCGUGCACAACAGUUGGAGAUCCCGAUUGGGAAAAGCUUCAGCACGUUCCUGAUGUAUAUAUUGAUGUGUCAAACACCAGGCGACAGGGUGGAGACGAGAGCCCAAGUAGAUGGCGGAUCUUCAUCAUCAGCGCCCAAGAACCUGUUCCGCAGCCCUAUGGCGUGGAAGUCGUGUGAUCCUUAAACCUGCCUGCCAAUAUACUUGGUCCAUUCCAUUGUAUGUCACUGAUUUUGAGAGUGAAGUGCUGCUGCUGCAGUCACUGCGUCAUCAGCUACACGGCGCAGGAUUUGAUCAUGUUUGCAAAUGUUGUGCACUGGUUUUAUUUGUUCCCUCCCUAUGGGCCAUAUAUGGUCCUUGAUAACGUCCAACUAUGUCAUGUAAUAAGGGAAAAGAUUUCCGUCGGUCGGAUGAAAACAAGAAAUGUCACCCCCCUUGCUCUUC